UUCUAGAUUUGUUCUAAUAAGGGAAUAAGCGGUCAAUAACUUCAGUAGGUUUUUUGAAAGGCAGAAGUUUUUGGCUUGCAUAGAAAUAAGCAACCGCCUGAGUCAAAAUGUAUCGGUCUCUAUAUGCCUUCAAAUCAACGGAGCCCAACUCCCUUCAUUUCGCGGCCGGGGAAAGCUUUCUGAUCCUGGAACGAAGCAAUAAACAUUGGUGGCUUGGAUCUCGCUGCAGUUCUGGAGAAACCGGCUACAUACCCGCUUCCUAUAUCGAAAAAAUUCAGGCGCCAGAGCAUGAUGAGGUGCUGCAGUCGAUUGAUCGGGCUAUUGAGGGAAUCCACAAUGUGGCCAUGAAAAAUGGAGGCAAAUAUAAUCUUGAACAGAGGGAUGUCCUCCAGAAACUGAUACAUCACAGGAAGGAGACUCUCGCUCGCAGGAGCCCGACCAUCUCCAAAAACAAACAGGGUCUUCCCUCCUCUGCCAGCGAACUGUCACUUAGCCACACCCCACAGCCACCCAACGGACUUAGUCGCGUCUAUGGACGACAGAGCAGUGAGCCGGUGUCAGAGAGCCCUGACAGUAUGCAGGGAGAGCGGGGUCUCUAUCAGGUACCUCCGCAGCCCCGUCGUGCAGCACCUAUAACCCCGCCCCCUCCAGAAAAACGCAGGGAGAGCCGACGCCCUGCCGAACAAGAUAUACCCCCGCGAGUCUCUUCCGCUUCCACUAGUUCUGCACCAGUUACUGCUGCAGGAGUCACACCAUCGAUCAGCUCCACUUCCCUGGAUUCUGGCUCUGUUUCCUCUGAUGUUAGUUUGCCAAGUGUGGCCAGCACGCCACCCCCUGUGCCAAGCAGAGCCAAAGCUCCACCUCAUCCUCCUCCUUAUGACAGCUUGGAUUCUGAGCCUUCCCCCCAGCAACCUCAGAAAAAGGGUCCAGCGCCACCGCCUCCUCCACCAGUCACGUCACAGCCUACUCCUGAGGACCACUCGAAGACCGAAUGGCCCUCAGCCCCGCCCCCAGUUUGUGCCAGUCCCCCUGGAAGUCCCACCCAUUCGGAACCUGUUCCCAUGACAACAGGAGCAGAGCUGAUCGAGCUGGUUCGAAAAAACACGGGCCUCAGCUACGAGCUGUCUCGUGUCGCCGUGGGAAUAGUCGUUGGCCACCUUCAGACUACUUUGCCCCAAGCAGCAUCUGCUCUUGAGCAGGUUCUCCUCUCGUUAGUGGAGAGCAAGGAUCUGAGUGCAGGGUUGCCACGAGGUCAGGUGUGUCACGACGAACAGCGUCUGGAGGUGAUCUUUGCAGACCUGGCACGUCACAGAGAGGAUGCUCAGCAGCGCAGCUGGGCAUUGUAUGAAGACCAUGCGCUCAUAGCUUGUUAUCUCGAAGAGUUACUGCAGAUUCUGACGGAUGCAGAUCCUGAGGUCUGUAAGCGAAUGUGCAGGGUUAAUGAUUUCGAACCUGUGCUGUCACUUGUCUCCUACUACCAGAUGGAACAUCGGGUUUCUCUACGGCUUCUGCUCCUCAAGGUUUUUGGGGCGAUGUGUGGUCUGGACGCUGCCCUCAUCUCCACACUCCUUAACUCAGUUUUGACCAUGGAGCUGGCCAGAGACCUGCAGACAGACACUCAGGAGCACCAGAAGAUGUGUUACACUGCGUUAGUGCUGACCAUGAUCUUCUCAAUGGGAGAACAAGUGCCCUAUCAUCAUUACGAGCACUUAAAUAGCGGAUUUGUGCAGUUCAUUUUGGACGUCAUCGAGGACGGUCUUCCCUCAGAUCCCACCGAGCAGCUGCCAGAUCUCUUUGUGAAUCUAGUCCUUGCUUUCAACCUCCAUCUCACAGCACCUGAGAAUAACAUGGUUAUGCAGACUUUAAUAAAGAGGCACAAUGUGAAGAUCCUCUCAGAGAAAAUACUGCUGCUUCUGAAUAGAGGAGACGAUCCGGUGUGUCUUUUUAAGCAUGACCCCGCUCCUCCGCAGUCUGUUCUGAAGUUCCUACAGGAUGUUUUUGCCAGCAAAGACACUGCAAAUAUUUUUUACCGAACUGACAUGAUGGUAAUGAUUGAUAUCGCGGUACGGCAGAUUUCAGACCUUUCCCCAGGCGAUAAGCUAAGAAUGGAGUAUCUCUCCCUCAUGCACGCUCUCAUGCGCUCCACGGAUUACCUGGAGCAUCGCCAUCGUCUCUCUGACCUGCAGGCGGCGCUACAGAGGAUUCUGAAAGAGGAGGAUGAUGACGGAGAGGAAGACAGUUCAGCCAGGGCCAGACAGAUGGACAGACUCAUAGUACAGGAGAUCUACAAAGAUUUCCCUCAGAUCACUGAGAUCAAAAACUGAGUUCCAGAGAAAUGCUCCCUCAGACUGAUGGUUCUGUCUGCAGUGUGUCUCCUUAGACAGUGGCAUCCAACUCCCUGUAGGGACCUCUUAAAAGCAACGCUGUAGAAAGUAUUCCCCCAGACUGAGGGUCAUAACUGCAACAUGCUUAAAAAAAGAACAAAAGCAGCUUAAAAAGAACAAAACCCCGAAACACGUGCUGUUCCUUGAGCCGACAGAUCACAAUGUAUUCUCUUAAAAGGGAUUAAGCUGUAGUUUGCCAUAGUCUUGCUCUGGCUUCAGACGUUACGCUGUAAUGCAUAAUUAAUCAGAAUCAGCUACUUGUCAUCUGUACUGGCAUGUUGCCAUUGCUCCUAACAUCUUAUUGUCGCCUGGUGAAACUGCACAGGACAGUGUAUUAACUUAGCAACUAUAAAGGUUGAAUACAGCAUAAAUGUUGCUGCCAUAUAUUAUGAUAUGUGUAGCUGUGAUAUGCCGUAAGCUGAGCCUUAUUAACCAAACCUGUUUGUCCCGACUCACUAACUUUAUCUAUGAUACUCUACAAUGUUCUUAACGAAAGCUGUGAUACAUCGUCAAGUGGACAAAUCUUCUUCAUGCCAGUAUCAUGAUGAAAGUAAGGGAUGGAUACAGUUGUCAGUCAUUUUAGAGUUUUUUUUUGUCAUUUACGCAUCAUUUUACAAGAUACAGUACAUCUCACUCUCUACCUCUCCUUUCCCGAAAGCAUAAAUAUAUCCAGCAGUUUUACUUAACGCUAUACUCAUUCUUUACCAGACUCUGCCUUGAUGCUUACCUUCAUUAUUACAUGAACUGUCUCUCUCUUUGUGUUUAUCCUGACUUUCCCAUUUUGAGACUUAAACUAAGUAAGUGUUAUCUGCCAAUGGCUCUAUCUUUGGAUCAGUAUUAAAACCGUGACUCUGUUCAUUGUACCCCUACUUGCACCACAGUCACACACUCACACAUGCACCAUAUUGAUCAUUUCAAAACACAGACACACAUAGAGGUGGUGUGGUCAGAAUAAAAAUGGUAUGCUCAGGUUUGUGUACCAGUGUGUGUAUGGGUGUGUGUGUGUGAGAGAGACAGAGAGAAGGUUCAGAAUGGUUAAAAUGUG